AUGACCGUGACGAUCGAGGCAGUCUCCAAACCUGUCGUUUCGGCCAAGGGCCAGGCCGCGCUCGACGAGCUCCUCGCCAAGCGUGUCGACUCGCGUCUGAUUCCCGCCGCGACAUUCGGCGCAACAACAGCUGACGGCCCGAUAUACUUUGCGGCCCGCGGUGAGCGCGUUCUAGGCGAGCCGGACAAGGGCCAGGUCGACGACAAGACGAUGCUCCAGCUAUACUCGAUGACCAAGCUGGUCACUACCGUCGCCGUACUGCAGCUCGUUGACCGCGGCCUCAUCGACCUCGAUGACGCUCAACUCGUUGAGAAGCAUUGUCCUGAACUCUGUGCACUGCCGGUCUUGACUGGGCAGGACGGAGACACGCUCCUGUCAACGCCUCGUACGCAGCCCAUCACCACCCGGCGCCUCCUCUCGCACACUUCGGGGCUCGCGUACACCUUUUCGUCCUCGCUCCUGGCCGAGUGGCACCAGCAAAAUCAGCCGCCUCUCCACCAUGGCGAGCAGACCACAAAGGGCUUUGAGGAGCCACUCGUAUUCCAGCCCGGUGAGCGAUGGCUUUAUUCAAUUGGCAUCGACUGGGCAGGGAUUCUUGUUGAGCGCAUCUCUGGUCUCAACCUGCAGGAAUACUUCCACCAGCACAUCUUUGGCCCUCUGGGUCUGACGGUGGACGACAUCACGUUCGUUCCGACCGAUGACGUACGUGCGCGCAUGCAGCAAAUCUGCAAGCGCCUUCCUGACGGCUCUUUGGUCCACGGGGUACCGAUGCGGCCACUUGACUACACUGCGGAGACGAUCGGACAACUCAGCGGUGGCGGUGGACUGCACGGCACUGCGCGUGCCUACCUUCGUUUCCUGCAAGGAAUCCUCAACCGCGACGAUGGUAUUGUCAGUGAGGCGGCUUUCGCCGAGCUCUUCACCGACUCACUGCCGGCCGAUGCUCCGCCAGAGGUCAAGAAGGGUCUCGCAGUCAUGACAAUCCGGACAAACUAUCACGAUCCCGAGCACACGGCCAACGACGCCCAGUUCCUGGGCCACUCGGUUGGCCUGGUCCUCUCGCUCAAGGACAGUGUUAACGGACGCCGAAAGGGUAGUGGAUGCUGGGACGGCGCGGCCAAGACGCAUUACUGGCUCGAUCCUGCCACAGGCAUUGCGGGCAUCUGUUUCACCCAGCUGCAGGCACCCAGCGCCGACGGCUGGCUGCGUGUGUACAACGAAUUUGAGCGUACGCUGUACGAUGCGCUAGAGUAG